GACUUGACUGAAUGAAAUUAAACUGCGGAGAGAUCCCCGGUUCGAGAAUCUAUCGUCGUCUUCUUCUCCUUCAAAUUUUAUUUCUAUAUAUAUAAACCAAUUAUGUGUCGAUAGAUGCCAGCUUCCCCAUCUCCGAACUUGCCUCAACAGACCUUAUGGAAGUCCAAACCACCGCGCAACCAGGCCGCCUCGACCGCCUCAACUCCGCCGUCGCCAAAACCUGGAUUGGUAGGCGGUUCAAAUUAAGCGAAAGAAACUCCAAUUUCACCACCGAGCUCCGCGCCGGCACCACCACCUUCUUAACCAUGGCCUACAUCUUGGCUGUCAACGCCUCCAUCCUUGCCGAUUCCGGCGCCACCUGUUCCCAAUCGGAUUGCGUCCCUCUCUGUUCCGACCCUUCCAUUUCCAUCCCCAAUUGUUCCGGGCCGAAUCUCCGACUCAUCCAACCCGAUGGGUCCUGCAUGUUCGACCCCGUCAAUCCUGGCUACGCCGCUUGCCUCGAUCAAGUCCGUAGAGACUUAAUUGUUGCGACAAUUGCUUCGUCGCUAAUUGGUUGCGUUAUAAUGGGCGUUUUUGCGAAUCUUCCUCUUGCUUUAGCUCCGGGAAUGGGGACUAAUGCUUAUUUCGCUUACACCGUCGUCGGGUUUCAUGGCUCCGGUAACAUUUCUUAUCAGAGCGCCUUAACCGCCGUUCUAAUGGAGGGGUUAAUCUUUUUACUCAUUUCCGCAAUUGGGUUUCGUGCAAAAUUGGCGAAAUUAAUCCCGAAGCCAGUUCGAAUCAGUUCCUCUGCCGGAAUUGGACUGUUUUUAGCGUUCAUCGGAUUACAGAGUAGCCAAGGAAUUGGUCUAAUCGGCUUCAGCCCAUCGACGUUAGUGACACUCGGAGGCUGCCCAGAAGCCUCCCGGGUGUCGGUGUCCCCCGUGGUGAGUUCCGGGAACGGAACGGUAAGUCUAAUGGCCGGAGGAACGGCUUCCGGCGGAAUACUCUGUUUGAACGGAAGAAUGGAGAGCCCAACUAUGUGGCUGGGCAUAGUGGGAUUCGUGAUAACUGCGUAUUGUAUGGUGAAAAACGUAAAGGGGGCUACGAUUUACGGGAUCAUAUUCGUGACGGUGGUUUCGUGGAUUCGAAAAACAAGUGUGACGGCGUUUCCAGAGACGGCGUCAGGGGAGGCGGCGUAUAAGUACUUUAAGAAAGUUGUGGAUAUACACACAAUUAAAAGCACAGCUGGAGCACUAAGCUUUAAGGAUUUAGGGAAGCCCCACUUUUGGGAGGCGAUGGUCACUUUCUUAUACGUGGAUAUUUUGGAUACCACUGGAACGCUUUAUUCAAUGGCCAGAUUUGCAGGAUUUGUGGAUCAAAAUGGGGAUUUUGAGGGGCAGUAUUUUGCCUUUAUGUCUGAUGCUACGGCCAUUGUCGUCGGAUCAUUGUUGGGGACUUCGCCGGUGACGGCGUUUAUUGAGUCCUCCACGGGAAUAAGGGAAGGCGGCAGGACGGGGCUGACGGGACUGACGGUGGCGGCUUAUUUCUUUCUGGCGUUCUUUUUUACUCCGUUGUUGGCGUCGAUUCCGGCGUGGGCGGUAGGGCCGCCAUUGAUAUUGGUGGGGGUUUUGAUGAUGAAGGCGGUUGUAGAGAUUGAAUGGAAUGAUAUGCAGCAGGCAAUUCCGGCGUUCAUGACGUUGAUAUUGAUGCCGUUGACUUAUUCUAUUGCUUAUGGUCUGAUUGGUGGAAUUGGGACUUACGUGGUGCUGCAUGUACCGGAUUGGGGUUGGGCUGGUUUGGAAAAAUGUGGACUUGUGAAGUUGAGGAGCCAUGUCAGUGCAUCUAACGGGCAGCUCCUGGCUGAAGAAGAUCCUGCCCGAAAAUCUGUACAGCCCGAAGUGUUACCUAGGUAGCAGCUACAUGGGAACAUAGUAGGGGGGACGGCCGGACAGACGCCAAAAUGUUUUAGUCAAAGGAUUUGACUUUCAUUAUUAUUAUCAUUAUUAUGUUCAAAUCAAAACCAACCUGUUACCACCUCAUUCCUCACCUUUGACAUUCAAUUUCAUCGUAUAGUCAUGUUUACCUACC